GGCUCUUGGGUUAGUUCCUGUUAGGCCCCGGCCGGGGGAGUAGGUUGAAGUCUCUUGAGAUGCCCGGUGGGCUGGGGCACCGGGAGCUGUGAAGGGAGUGUGAGGAGACGGCGAGCGGAGACCCACGGCAGGCCUGAAGAAGAGCGGCGGCCGAGCCCGCCCUCACUGCACCAUGCUCAUAGAGGAUGUGGAUGCCCUCAAGUCUUGGCUGGCCAAGUUACUGGAGCCGAUAUGUGAUGCUGACCCAUCAGCCUUAGCCAACUAUGUUGUAGCACUGGUCAAGAAGGACAAACCUGAGAAAGAAUUGAAAGCCUUUUGUGCUGAUCAACUUGAUGUCUUUUUACAAAAAGAAACUUCAGGCUUUGUGGACAAACUAUUUGAAAGUCUCUACACUAAGAACUACCUUCCAGCUUUGGAACCAGUUAAGCCUGAGCCAAAACCACUAAUCCAAGAAAAAGAGGAAAUUAAAGAAGAGGUAUUUCAGGAGCCAGUAGAGGAAGAACGAGAUGGCAGAAAAAAGAAAUAUCCUAGUCCCCAGAAGACCCGUUCUGAAUCUAGUGAACGAAGGACACGAGAGAAAAAAAGAGAAGAUGGCAAGUGGAGGGACUAUGACCGGUACUAUGAGCGGAAUGAAUUGUAUCGUGACAAGUAUGACUGGAGAAGAGGCAGGAGUAAGAGCCGGAGUAAGAGCCGAGGCCUGAGUCGUAGCAGAAGCCGAAGUAGGGGGCGCAGCAAAGACCGGGAUCCAAAUAGGAAUGUUGCAGAGCACAGGGAAAGAUCGAAGUUUAAGAGUGAAAGGAAUGACCUGGAGAGUUCCUAUGUGCCUGUGUCUGCACCACCUCCUAACUCUUCUGAACAGUAUUCCUCUGGGGCCCAGUCUAUUCCCAGCACUGUUACUGUGAUCGCACCUGCUCACCACUCUGAAAAUACAACUGAGAGUUGGUCUAAUUACUAUAACAAUCAUAGCUCUUCCAAUUCUUUUGGUCGAAACCCACCACCAAAGAGGCGAUGCAGAGAUUAUGAUGAGAGAGGAUUUUGUGUUCUUGGUGACCUUUGUCAGUUCGAUCAUGGAAAUGAUCCUCUGGUUGUUGAUGAAGUUGCUCUGCCAAGUAUGAUUCCUUUCCCACCUCCUCCUCCUGGGCUUCCUCCUCCACCACCUCCUGGAAUGCUAAUGCCUCCAAUGCCAGGCCCAGGUCCAGGUCCAGGUCCAGGCCCAGGCCCAGGCCCAGGUCCAGGUCCUGGCCAUAGUAUGAGACUUCCUGUUCCACAAGGACAUGGCCAGCCUCCUCCUUCCGUUGUGCUUCCCAUACCAAGACCACCCAUAACACAGUCAAGCUUAAUAAACAGCCGUGAUCAGCCUGGGACAAGCGCAGUGCCCAAUCUUGCACCAGUAGGAGCAAGACUACCUCCUCCUUUACCCCAGAACCUCCUUUAUACAGUAUCAGAACGACAGCCCAUGUACUCUCGUGAACAUGGUGCUGCUGCAUCUGAGCGACUUCAGUUGGGGACACCGCCUCCUCUGUUGGCAGCUCGUUUGGUGCCACCUCGCAACCUCAUGGGAUCCUCCAUUGGGUACCAUACCUCAGUCUCCAGCCCCACCCCUCUGGUCCCAGAUACAUAUGAGCCGGAUGGUUAUAACCCAGAAGCUCCUAGUAUUACCAGUUCUGGUAGAUCUCAGUACAGACAGUUCUUUUCAAGAACACAGACACAGCGCCCCAACCUGAUUGGCCUAACAUCUGGAGAUAUGGAUGCAAAUCCAAGAGCUGCUAACAUUGUCAUCCAGACUGAACCACCAGUUCCUGUUUCAAUUAAUAGCAACAUAACCAGAGUAGUUCUUGAACCAGAUAGCCGGAAAAGAGCAAUAAGUGGUUUAGAAGGGCCACUUACGAAGAAACCUUGGCUGGGAAAGCAAGGGAAUAAUAAUCAGAGUAAACCAGGAUUCUUACGAAAGAAUCAGUAUACGAACACCAAAUUAGAAGUGAAGAAAAUCCCUCAGGAAUUGAACAACAUUACCAAGCUCAAUGAACAUUUCAGCAGAUUUGGAACUAUUGUUAAUAUACAGGUUGCAUUUAAGGGUGAUCCGGAAGCAGCCCUCAUCCAAUAUCUUACUAAUGAGGAGGCCAGAAAAGCUAUUUCUAGCACAGAAGCAGUUCUAAACAACCGAUUCAUUCGAGUCCUGUGGCAUAGGGAAAAUAAUGAGCAACCAGCACUCCAGUCCCCCUCACAGCUGCUCCUGCAACAGCAGCAGACACUUAGUCACCUUUCACAGCAGCAUCAUCACGUGCCACAGCAUCUUCAUUCACAGCAGGUGCUGGUGACCCAGUCUCCUCCCUCAACGGUACAUGGAGGUAUCCAGAAGAUGAUGAAUAAACCACAGACACCAGGUGCAUAUGUUCUUAACAAAGUUCCUGUUAAACAUCGUCUUGGACAUGGAAGUGGUAACCAGAGUGAUGCGUCACACUUGUUGAAUCAGUCUGGUGGUGCUGGAGAGGAUUGCCAGAUAUUUUCAACGCCAGGCCACCCAAAAACGCUUUAUAGUUCUUCAAACUUGAAGACACCUUCCAAACUUUGUUCAGGGUCUAAAUCUCAUGAUGUUCAAGAAGUGCUUAAAAAAAAACAGGAAGCAAUGAAGCUACAACAAGAUAUGAGGAAAAAGAGGCAAGAAGUGUUAGAAAAACAGAUAGAAUGCCAGAAGAUGCUAAUAUCCAAGUUAGAAAAAAACAAAAACAUGAAGCCAGAAGAAAGAGCAAAUAUAAUGAAGACUUUGAAAGAGCUUGGAGAAAAGAUCUCACAACUGAAAGAUGAAUUAAAGACAUCUUCUGCAGUUUCUGCACCAUCUAAAGUGAAGACAAAAACAGAGGCCCAGAAAGAGUUACUAGAUACUGAACUGGACCUGCAUAAGAGGCUGUCCUCAGGUGAAGAUACAACAGAAUUACGGAAAAAACUCAGUCAGUUACAGGUUGAGGCUGCAAGAUUAGGUAUUUUACCUGUGGGUCGAGGAAAGACCAUGUCCACUCAAGGUCGAGGAAGAGGCCGAGGCCGUGGUGGCAGAGGAAGGGGCUCACUAAAUCACAUGGUGGUGGACCAUCGCCCCAAAGCACUAACAGUUGGGGGAUUCACUGAAGAGGAGAAAGAUGAACUACUUCAUUUCUCAGCUACAAAUCAAGGGUCAAAAUUCAAAGACCGUCGACUACAAAUAUCAUGGCACAAGCCCAAGGUACCAUCUGUAUCCACUGAGACUGAGGAAGAAGAAGUCAAAGAGGAGGAAACAGAAACCUCAGAUUUGUUUUUGCAUGAUGAUGAUGACGAAGAUGAAGAUGAAUACGAGUCUCGUUCAUGGCGAAGAUGAAAUCUGAUGAGAGCUGUAUAAUUUUUAGGAAUAUUGUUUAGAAGAACAACUUUUUAAAAUUAUUUAAAGAAGUCAAUGAGCCAAAAAAUUUUUUUUAUUUUUUUUCAACACAGUAGGUUUAAGGACAGCAAGUUUGCUAUUUAAACACAUCUCAUAACUGUACAUGAUAUUAAAGCACCAAAGGCCUAGUGACUUUUACACAGUUGUGAAGAUCUACAGGAAUGAUAUGGAUAAUCUCUAGAGCCUUAUUUUCCACACCUUUUUUUGUUGCUAUUGGUGUUGGAUGAUGAUGUAAAUGACAGGGUGUUCAGAAAUUUUAUUUUGGAUUAUAAUCUGAUAAAAUUUCAUUAAAUGACAAAAUUGCCUGGAAUCUCUUAACUCUAAGCUAUUAUGGAUGGGUUGUCAGACAGUAGGAGAUAUUUGUAAUUAAAAUACACUUUCGCUUUCAAGAGUUGUCUUGGAAGAAAAGUAAAUUUAUUUUAAUUUUUUACUGUAGAAGAGUCCAAUUUGUAUUCAAUCUAAAUUUUUUUCAGGUUUUUUAUGUGCAGUAAUACUAUUUCAGUGAAAAUCACAACAAACUCUGUUCUUAAAGGCUAUAAGGUAAUGAUAGCUAGCUCUAUGGUAAUUCCAUUCUCAUCACAUUAACUCCUGUACUUUUCCUUCUACUGAUCUUUGCUUUGCCACUCAGCAUUGUUCAGUUGGUUCCUUUUUUUAUUUAGUAAUAUUUUCAGAAUGUAAAAGGCUUUCACCUAUUGCCUCUUUCUUGUCCCCCUUUAUUACUCUUGCCUGUUUUUUAAUAGGCCUGACGUACUCAAUAUUAAGAUGAUUGAUUUGGGCCACCAAAAGUCAGUCCCCAAUAAAAGGUUUAAAGCAACACCUUGAUAAAUAAGUGAUGUUUUGAUCAGAAUAAUGGAAGAAUGGGGGGAGCCACCAGCCUUUUUUUUUUUUCCUUCUAUUUUAAAUCUUCAGCUUAGUUAUAGUUAUACAAAAAGGUUAAAAAGUGUCUGAAAUUUUCUAAAUUUCAACCAUGAUGGUGAGGGUACGGGGGUGGGGUGGAGGUAGGGCAGGGAGCUGGGGAUGUUAGUAAUAAAUGGGAGUCAUACCUUGACUUUGAUCAGAUGAUCAUAUAUUUUCAUAAUUUUGUAGCGUGUUGCUAUCCAUGCACAUGCGUCCUUCAGUAGAUAGUUUCCUUUCCUGUGUGCAUUUUUACUGUACACUGUAUAGAGUAGAGUAUCUGUUAAGUAAGAUAUAUAUGUAAAUUUAUGUCCUUGUGUUCUGAAUGUUAGAUGGAAAAGCAGAGGAGCAACACUACACUGUACUGACCACUAGGGAAAUAAAAUGAUUAUUGUAUCUAGGAUAUCACUUUUUGAAGGAUAUACACAUCUGUGCUUUUAUAAAUGUGUGGUGUGAAAAUUUGAAAUUUCCUGUUGGCUUCAGAGGGUUCUUGGUGAUCACUCUAAAAAUUUGUUUCUUGAGGUAAUGACUCUUUUUCAGAAUAGAAUCCAUUCACUAAGAAACUUAAAACCAUCAGGACUCUAGAUUCACUUAACUACAAGAAGUUACAUCCCAUGUUCUGAUCAUCUUUUCUCUUCUACAUAAUUUCCUGGAAUGAUGUGUCUAGCCAGGGUCAUUUUUAAGUCCAUAUAAUUGUCCCUUCAUAACAAGGGAAUCCUUUUUUGAGGUUAUUGUUAUAUUUCUGGUAACACUGAAGCUAAAAUAAACUUACAAGCAUAGAAAGAAAACAUUAGAAUGGGGUACCUAGAAUAAGCACUCUUGCUCCUUACUCCUCCAUCAUCUCUAAUGAAAUUUUCUUAAUGUCUGUGGCUCAGUCAUAUAUAUUUUGAAAGAUUCGUUGUGGUGAAUAUUUUGAGUCCUGACAGUUUAAACAUGAUAGAGGGAACAAAGGAUUUAUAUAUUUUUUGUACAAAGGUUUUUCUUAAGCUGUAUAAUUUUGUAAAUAAUUUGUUUGGUUUUUGGUUUUGUUUUCUUUUUUUGUUUUGUUUUGUUUUUGUGUGUGUGUGUGUACUAAAACUACCAGCGUAUAGAUUUCAAUAAGAAUUGUUGUAUUUUUGUAUUUGGAAACUGAAAAUUACAGUAAAUUAAUGGAGCUGUAAGAAUUUUCAGUAGACUGACAGUUCAAUAGAAUGAGAUUCCUUUUCAUAUGAUUUUUUACCCUCAAAAUUGUCAUCUUAUUACACUCUUAGAGAGGAAGUUGAGGAUUUGACUUUUUAGUUAUUGGGGGCAGGGAAUGAAAGAGAAAAGUGUUAAGGUUUGAGGUUUUUUGUGUAAAUUUGAUUUUUAGUACAUCUUAAAAAAGACUGAAAUUUUGCUUUCAAAGUGUCAUUUCUAAGAAUUCUAAAACAUUUUGACUCAUAAAUGAAUUCAAAUGCAUAAAACAGUUGAAUUUUUUUUGUUAUCCUCCUCUUUGGAGUUUUUUUUAUCCUACCUUCAAAUCCCCAACUGUUAGAAUUUCUUUUAAAAGUGAAGUGAAGAACCACAAUGAUUUGUUUUCUUCACAUCUUCAUUUACGGAGAUUAACAUACAGCAUCUGAGGUGGAUUCUGCUGUUCUUGUAUGCGUGAUGUGUUUACAAGAAGCUGAUCAGCAACAACCUCCCAGCAGGCUGGCUGGGUCAGGCGACUUACUAGAUAACUGCCCAAGCUCAAAAAAAAAAAGCUAAUCCCAAAGAAAUUUCCCUCAAUUUCUUCUUGGAAUAUUGAGAAUAUACUGUCACCAGCUGAGAUGAUCUAAUGGAGAACAGCCCUGUUAAGGUGAAAGGUCUGUGGUGAUCAUUAUUUCAAAAUAGAAGAAAAAAAAAUCAUGUGAAAAGGAAUAGUGGUUCCUCUUGAUGUAUAGUAUGCCUGUAUUAUAGUUUUUAUGAAUUGUGAACUUGUGUAAUAGUAUAAUAGGAGAUACUGUUGAAUUUCUAACUGUUUAUACAUUUAAAUUCAUAUAUGUAAUGUUUGUUUUAUCGAUUACAAUCUGAAUUUCUAAGAAGCAUGUUGACUUUUGCAAUAAAGAUGCAAUAUGGAAUGGUUCACAAUUGGAAAAAAAAAGAUGAAAGUAUUUCAAAUUUAAAAGAAUUUGGAAAAUUUCUGAACCAUUCCAAAAUUAUAACAAUCACCAAAAGAGCUGUAAUUCUGGCUUGUUCUGGAAAGAAAGAAAAUGUAUGUGUGUAUGCUUGCUCAUGAGAGAGAGUUGGUAGUGGGUAUGUGUGUGUGUUUUAUGUUGAGUUUAUAUAUGAGAGAAUGUCACUCAAUAUGAAGUCACUGGCUAGUAUUCAGCAGAGUAACUCCCUCCACAGGGUAGCAUGAGGAAUGAGAGAACAGGGUAUUAAGCUACUGUUUGUAGGCAAUUCUUGGUAGCCCUAUGUUUUGGUUAAUGGAUGGGUCUUGGUACCCCCAAAUACAAAGCACAAUUUUAUGAUAGCAGUUAUUUUCAUGUUGUCUUAAUACACCUGCCAACAAUAAAAGAGAGAAGGGAGAGAAUACUGACAAGAGAUGACGGCAAAAUACAAGUUCUGUGUGAUAACUUGUAAGGAGUAACAGGAGAACGCAGUGAUUGUACACAAAAGGACUGCGUUUGAUGGGAGAGGGAAGGAAGAACGUCCCUUGGGCUCCUGCUUUCUCAUUUUAAAAAUUGCAGUUCUUAUGAAAUUCCCCUUAAAACGAUUAUGGACCAAGAAAGUCAUUCCUUAAAUUUCAUUUUAUACAGGAAAACACGAAAGAAUGAGAGUGGAUUUUACUUUCAUUCUUUUCAAAUAGAGGCAUUUGUAUUUUAUAUAUUAUGUAAAUAGCAAAAAAGCUCUGUGACCAUUUGUUUUGAACAGAUCUCAGUUGAUUCUAUAUAAAUUUAUACUAAACAUCAGUUAUAGGACUUUUGGGGGGAGGGCAGGAAUAAUUCUGAACAUAAUUUUAUCUCUUUAAGAAUAGCAAGUCAAAUAUUUUUACUAAAGUGGAGUGCUGAUUAACAGAAAUUUUAGUGGUUUUAUGUGGGGUUUUUAAUGAUUUUGGUGUAAAUUGUACUAAAGUCAAGGAUAUGUUUUGAGUCAUCAGCCCAACAUAUUUAGUCAUGCAUGGUGCAGUAAACAAAUGUGACUCUGUACCAACAUACAAGAUUUUGGAUAAUUGAGUCAGGCAGGAAGACUGCUGUUAACACAUCCUUGCAGGACAGAACUCCCAUAUUAUAUUCAUUUUUAGUCUCAAAGACUACUUGAGGGGCCAACCAGUGUUGACUCUGAAAAAGUCUAUAUACUGAUAUCACGUGCGUUAUGAAUCACUUCCGUUUAUGCUAAAUUGAUUUUAUUGCCAAGAGAUCGCCUUUCAACAGGAUCAUCUACCAUUUGGCCUCCUACCUGUUCUGCAAUCGACCUUAGGUUAACCAAACCAUUCUGAGAUAGGCGACUUGAUACAGGUGAAAUUAAGGUCAGAAUAGUGUUUGACGAUCGCUUGCAAGAUAUGUGUGGUUUGCAUCUCAGACUUCUGCAAGCGGAUUUUUUUCCCUUUUUUGGUGGCUGUGGCUAGGUCACUAAAAUAAGCUAGUGGUAACUAUUGCUGAUACUUUAAAAAUAUUUAUUUAUUGAAAGUUAUAGAGAGAAAAGGAGAGACAGAGAUCUUCCUUCUGCUGGUUCACUUUCCAGAUGGCCUCAAUCAGGAACCAAGAGCUUCACCAGGUCUCCCACAUGAGUGGCAGGGGACAGGUACUUGGGCCAUCUGCUGCUGCUUUUCCCAGGCUAUUAGCAAGGACACUAACUAGCACCAUGUGGGAUUCAAGCGUUCAUUUUUUAAUAAUUAGUUAAGAUCUUAAUACUGCUUUGUAAAAACCUUACAAAAUUAUGUAAGCUUUCUAGAGUUUUAAAAUUAUAUUUAUUUAUACAAAAGGCACAAAGAGAGGGAGAAACAGCACUUCAUCCACUGGCUUGCUUCUGAAAUGGUUACUAGGGGAAUUAAUCAGCAGGGAACUGAAUCAGAAGUAGAGCGGCCCAGACUGGAACUGGUGCUCCUAGGUAGGAUGGCAGCGUCAGUGGCAACUUGACCUGUUGCACCACAAUGCUUGUCCCUAAAGUUCUUUUGAUUUCAUUUGUUCUUAGUUUGCCCCUAGACUGCUAUCAUUGGAAGAUACUGAUAGAUUUCUCCCAAUUAAAUCAGUAAAGGCUUAUGCUUGCUUUGCCAAAUGAAAUUUUAAGAAUGGUUUGGCUUCAAGGUUGAGGUUGAGCUGCCAUAUGUUCAGUUUGACUUCUUAGACCAAGCAUUGCCUGUUUAGAUAAGCAUUCACUUCUCUAUAAAUUACUGAGUUUAAUUCUGAACCACCCUCCAAGUAUGUUAUUACUGUAGGAUGCAAGUUUUUAGCAUGUAGAACCUGUAGGGGGCUCCAAAAGGCAAAAUUUGAAGCAGCGACUCACAGCAGAGCACAAUGAGACACACUUUCACACACACUGAACAGAUUUACAAAACAAUACCCCCACUAUCCAAAGUGCCACUUAUAUUUAUUUUAUUGGAUAAAGAUUGUCAGGAUCCGUUAUUUGGCUUUCAAAAUUGCAGGUUGUAAAACUAGCCUGUAGAGUUGCAGGAUGCAUAUUGCACUUUUCACUUAUUUGCUAUGACAUCAUUGGUACUCAUGAGUAUAAAGUGAUACAACUUUAUCUUAUGUACUUAUUUUGCUUGGAAAGAUGUUUUGGAGUCUAAAAUUGACCUUUAGUCCAAAAAGUGAAAAUAAUGUCCUUUCCUCAACGUGAAAAACAACUUCUCAGUGACUUUUUAAACUUGCCUACGAUUUAAAAUUUUUGCCAUUAUGUGGCGUCCUAGGAAGAGGGUAGAAUCCUGGUAUAUUGGUGCUACUUAUAUAAUUCAAGUCACUUGUCAGAAAUUACCUAUUUCUAAAAAUCUACCUGUGAAAUCCACACAACUGCAGUUAGGCUUUGAGUUUAAUUCUGCUCAGUUAAAAAUUGCCCUUAGUCAAUCUUUCCAAACAAACCAAUUUUGAUAUGUGCAUAUUCUGACAUUGUACCAUUGAAUUGACCCUCUUCAAAGAUCCCUGUGAAUGUGUCCGAAAUGGAUAAGCCCCUGUAUGAAAAUAACUGCCUGUUUUUGCCACUUUUCCUAAUCUGAAGCAAGUAUGUCGUUAGUAUCUUUAUAUUACACGGGUUUUCCGGUUUCUAAAAUGUGAAGGUGAAGAGGAACAUGUUGAUGAGAAUGUGGCAAUGCUUAAAAAUCUGUAGAAGAAAGCAGUUAAGUUUGCAAAGUAACAAAAUCAGCACUAAUGUGGGAAAUACAGAUUUCUUAGACAUUUCAGUAUUUCCACCCUCUCUCUAUGUACUGUUCAUUUGGAAUUUUCCUUAAGCAAUAAAGCCAGACCUUCUUGUAAUUCUUUUAUUAAAGGUUUUAAAUUCUUUUUUAAAAGGUUUAUUUAUUUAUUUAUUUGAAAGGCUGAGUGACACGGAAGCAGAGACAAAGAGGGAUCUUCUUUCUGCUGGUUUACUCACCAAAUGACUGCAACAGUUGAGGCAGGACCAAACUGAAGGUGGUAGCCCAUUACUCUAUCCAUGUGGUUAGCAGGGGCCCAAGUACUUGGGCCAUCUUGUGCUGCUUACCCAGGUGCAUUAGCAGGGAGCUGGAUUGGAAGCAGAGAAGCUAGGACUUGAACCAGCAUUCUGAUAGGGGAUACUGGUAUUGUAGGCUGUGGCUUAACCCGCUGUGCCACCAUGCCAGCCCCUGGGCAGUUAUUUUCAACUGGCUUGGCUUAUAAUUUUAGACUUCUCCAAAGAAAAAGCUAAAAUGUGGCAUAUAUUGAAUGUAAACUGUGCCCCCAGAUAGUGGGCUGAGUAGUUCCCCUGCGUUCUGUGCUUAGGACAGCCAUUGAGGGUGAUGCUCCUACCUCCUGGUUCAGCACUGAAAACUGAACUUGAGAGAGAUUGAAUUACUUCCCUGAGGUCACACUUGAACACGGGUCUGAUUCUAGAGCUUAUGUUCUUGACCUCUGUGCUCUAUCUACUGCUUCCAAUGAAGUAAAACGUUCCAAGCCUGCAGCGUCACCGGUCUUUUUCAUUAGUGUCUGUCAGACACUGCCAUUUCGGCUCCAUCUAUCUCAUCUGCCUUGGAUUGAAACCAGGCUCCCUUGGGAAGGAACACCAUGUUUUUAGGUAGCAUAUUGGAAACUAUAGUGUUUAUGCUAAUUUGUGGAGAAACAUUUUAAAGUAAUAAUAUCCUGUGACCUCCACCAUGUACAGCCAGCCAAUUUGAUAAGUUUCACAAUAAUUUGGCUAUAUCAUAACGUAUGUUUAUUUUCAAUUUUAUCUUAAGUAUAUUUUCCCUGUGGCAAACUGAAUUAUGAUAAUUUUUCAGGAUUUCUACCUUGCUUUUCAAUAUAUCUGUGCUUUCUUCCUUUUAACCUUGGCAUUAAAAAAAUCAUGUUGUACAUAAAUAAGUUUACAUGCUUUAAUUUAAUGAUGGUUUCAUAUAGUGUACUGAAUCUUUGAGUCAGAAAGUGCUGAGAAUAGCAGAGUUCAUCUAUAGUUAUAUUUAUGCCAUAGAUUUUUUAAAAAACAAUAUGUAUUCAGUGAAUAAAACUGAUGUUCGUGUUGUUGUGCUUAUAGAGUUAUUUGAUGUUUACAUGUUCAGAUUUUUGUUUUAGCAAUGCCAUUUAAAAUCCUGUCGGAUAUAUAAUUUUCACUGUUUUUGGAAAUUAGCAAAUAUUUAUUGACUUGUAAUUGUUAUGGUAAUAGUUGCCUUCUGAAAAAAAAAAGAA